AUGUUGACGCGGCUGGGCGUGCGGCGGACGGCGGAGGUCGUGAGUGCAAGCAGUAGAGAGGUGGAGGAGGGUAAGCCUUACUACCAGAUUGAGAUGAGCGUCAAGUCAGAGGCGAACUCCAACCAACUGGCGGUCACCCCCAAAGAGACGGUCCCGUUCGUGGAGUGGGAGAGGAGAUACAUCACGGUUCAGGCGGUCGAAAAUAAGCGGCUAUACGAGCUGCGAGUACAAAUACCGGCUGAUAAAUAUGCCCAAGAACGGGCGCUUUUGAAAACGGUGCUAGACUCAUUCAGGACAUUCCCUGUUGAAAGCUUCGAAGGAGGCAAGCCUCUUGGAUAG